AUGUCGCGCUCAUUUCUGGUGGACUCGCUGAUCAGUGAUAAGCCGGUGCCAGUGAAGAAGAGCUUCCCGUAUGGUCCGUUCACGCAACUGCCCGUGACUCCACCAGCCACUCUGCCGUACACGGCGAGCUACGUCGGAAGCUAUCUGUUCUCACUUGGCCUACAGCAACAGCAGCAGCAACAGCAUCAGCAACAACUGUUGCAGCAACAAUCGCCACACUUCCCGCACGUUCUGCCCCACACACCAACGGGUCCCUCGGCGGCCGGAGUGCCUUUCUGGCAGUCGGAGCUCAAGCUCGAACUGUCACCGAAACUUUACCAACCGACCGAUGUCUCGCCGCCACCGAAGCUCUCCCCCAAGGAGGACUACUACCGGAAGCUGUACCGCGCCGAACGAACCCCGGAACGCUACACUCCCUACAGUGCCUCGUCGCCACCGACGCCUUCUGCCGGCAGUUCCAAGAAGUCCACGUCCAUAAUCAGCGCUUCCAACACCGGUAGUUCCAGUGCGCUCCCUACCACACCGUCCCCAACACCGCUCGAUCUCCCACAAACCUACACCAUCGACGACGAACUGUCCAGCAAAAGGAUUAGGACGGCGUUUACUAGCACGCAACUCCUCGAACUCGAGCGCGAGUUUGCCAACAACAUGUACUUGACGCGGUUGCGGCGCAUCGAGAUUGCCACGCGGCUCCGGCUAUCGGAGAAGCAAGUCAAGAUCUGGUUCCAGAAUCGUCGGGUCAAGCGCAAGAAGGGUGACGCACCGUUUGGAGAGAUCGGCAGCGCACCGGGGAUCGGGGAUCGACUUUCGCCCAAGGAGCACCACGCUCAGCAGUGCUGCUGCCGAGGAUCGAGCUGUGGGCACGGAUCGGACUCGGAGGAUCAGCUGCGAGUGGACUCAGCUCCAGCGUCACCCAGCGCAGACCAACACCACAACCAGGAGAAAGCGUGGGACUUUAGCAAACACUAUCACCACUGA